AUGGACUUUACCGGUUUCACCUACACCCGCGGGACGCCGGCUGAACAAGAUGGUGGUGCCAGUGGCGGCCAAGGCGAAGAUGCUCUUCCGUUUGGUUUUGUUCGUGAUGGUGAAGAGGGUGUCGAGUGGACCUGCCCGAGUUGCACGCUGGUCAACACAAACAAUCCCUCGUCGUGCGAGGCAUGCAACACAGUUCGGCCAGGCAUUGGAUGGCAGUGCGCGGCGUGCACCUUCCUCAACCCAUUCUCUCAAGAGGCCAGCUGCCAAAUGUGUGGUACGGCCAAGCCAAAGUCCAACAUCGAGCGGUUCAACGCCAUCCUGCCGGCGACGGAGCGGGCCGUCAAGCGCUCGUUCAAGGCGCUUUCCAUCGAGGUCGACAUCGAAAAGGCCAAUGCUGUGUACUCACCGCGGGCGAGUGACGCGCUGCGGACCGAUCUUCUGACCCCGCAGACGGCGGCGGCGCGGACAGCGUUCCGCGACGCCACUGACCACUCGAUCGACCAGUCGACCUUUAUCCUGGUCGGCGCCGUCGCCCGCAACGACAUCAACGCUGUCCGCGACAUCCUGGCCAAGUCGACCCACGCCCUGCACCCGCGGCCGGCCAGCGAGACGCUAAUCGACGCCAGCUCAUGGGUCUCAUCCAUCUCGACCGCCUCUUCGGGCGUGGGGCAGGCCAACGGCGCAGACGCGCUCCGCGGUGAGCCAAGCGCGUUCAACAACCCGGCGCCGAGCAACUACGGCGCUGGCCUCGCCGGCACCUGGGUCCCGCCCAUCCCGACCACCGAGGACGAGGGCGCGUGGGUUGUUUUCAACACCUCGGACGCGCUCUACGCAGACAGCUUUGAGAUCUAUGAGACGUUUGGCCCGGGCUCGGUUGCGCUCAUCCAGGUCUGGGACGGCUACGAGUACCUCACGGUCUGGUCGGCCGAAGAUGAUUCUGAUGCCCCUGCCGCCCCGGGCGACGCUGCACGCCUCAACGUUAUCGAGCUCACCACCCGUCCGUCGUUCCUCGCCUCGCGGUACCGGGUGGAGCUCGCGCCGGGCAUCGCCGCCGGCAUCGACGCCAUCCGGGUUGUGGGCAAGCGCCCGCGCCCGGGGUUCACCGACGCCAAACUGCACUUUGACAUCUGGCAGCGGUCGCCGCUCAUGGUGGCGUGCAAGAGCGGAAACCUCGCCAUCGGCGCGUACAUGCUCGGCAUGGGCGCCGACCCUUCGCGCAAGUCGAUGUUUGGUUACAACGCUCUCGACUGGGUCGCCUAUAACUUGCGCGCCGCGCUCCGCGCCGGCCCGCCGUCGGUCCGCGCUUCAUCCUCAUCCGGUCUGGCCUCGUCGUCGGGUCCAGCGUUUGGCUCGGAGCCCGACCCGGCGAGCAAGGGCAAAGAGGACGACGCGCCGGCGUCGACGCCCACGGCCCAAAGCUCCGAGGCUCCGGGCCUCUACCUGGAGCUCAUGCACGUUCUUCUUUCGCAGGUCGGCCUGCACUCGGUCUACACGUCGUCGCCCGGCGGCGACGAGUAUGCCCGCAACUCGCUCGGCGACACGCUCCUGCACUUUGUCAUCGAGAACGAGAUGCUCGACGUCCUCGACAUCCUCCUCACCUUCCCGGACACCUUCCGCAUGAACCUCGCCAACGCCCGCGGUGUGACGCCCGAGGACAUGCGCAAGUCGCCGGCGGUGGCGGCCGCCAUCCAGACUGCGCUCGACAAGGCGUCGGCACCGUAUGGCGGUACGCUUGCCGACGCCGUGCGCGACGCCAAGGUUCCGGCGGCCAUUGUUGAGCGUCUGGCCCGGUCCGACAUGAACGCGGUGACCCGUGCCGAUGAGCGCGGCAUGACGCCGCUGCACCACGCCGCUAAGGCCGGAGCGGUGGCCAAGGCGAGCGUGCUGAUGAAGCGCGGCGCGCUCCCGCUCGAGUACGAUGCGUAUGGCAACACACCUCUGGCGCUCGCCGCCAAGGGCGGACACGUCGCCAUUGUGGCCAUGAUGCUGGCGCGCCCGAGCGUUGGCAGGCGGCUGAGCGUCCCACGGGAGGUUCCGUCGUCGUCGAUCGACCCAACGACGCUGCCCAACACCGGCGCGGCGCACGCGUGGCGCAACGCCAACGGCGACACGGUGCUCCAUGCCGCAGCGCGGUCGGGCUCUGUCGACGUCGCCCGUUUGAUCCUCGCCUACCAGUGGAGCUGGCAGUGGGUCGAAGCCGCCAACAACCAGGGCCUCCGCCCGGUCGACCUCAUCGACGCCGACGCGGCUCACAUGCUCGAUGCCUUCAACGAGGCCAACUACAAGGCGAGCAAGGCGAGCGGGCUGGCCUCGCCUCGCCCGCUUUCGGCCCAUGGCGAGCCGGCUCUCUGCGCUGUCUGCUUCAUGCCGUCGCCCGACGGCGAGCUCGCAUAUGAGUGCGAGUGCCAGCUUGGCGUCUGCGUCGCCUGCUUUGGCCACAUGGCGCAGACUGCGGUCAACCAGGGCCAGCUGGUCAAGUGCUGCAACCAGCGGUGCGGCCAGCCAGUCAACCUUGCUGUCCUCCGCAAGUUCCUUUCCAUCGAUGCCGUCCUCCGUGUUGUCGCCAUCUCCAUCAACGAGGGUGUGACGGUGGCGAAGGCCUUUCGCCACGUGUGCAACGUCUGCGAACGGGUCAACGACCUCCGCCCGGUCAUGGAGGGCGAGACGGCCCGGUUCCAGUGCACCCACUGCGGCGUGGCUUCGUGCUCGGUCUGCUCACAAGUUUAUCCAGUCACUGCCCUGUCGGGCACGGCGGAGCUCGGCAGCAUCUCCCAGCUUGACCGCGGCAUCCACGCGCCGUGCGAGGAAAAGUUCCGCGGGCUCAAGAACUUCCGCCGUCUGCAGGACGAAUUGCACGAGUGUGGCAUGCGCCGGUGCCCGGAUCCCAACUGCGCUGUCGCUGGCCUCAAAGACGAGCGCUGCUGCCACCUGCACUGCCCGUGCGGGUACGACUACUGCUUUGUCUGCGGCCGCCGGAACUUUGUCAAGCCGGACGGCUCGACGGUCUCGGUCGGAUCUCACGCGACGUACACGUACGACAACUGGAAGGACGACCCAUCGUGGUGCAUGAUGUACUUGCACCACCUCGCCAACAUCGACCCGCGGGUCGCUGAGCUCGGCUGCGGCACGGCCGACUGCAGGCCGAACGGCUCGUGCCCGAACGACUCGGUCUGCCGUGUCGAGCGCGACACCUUUGUGAUGUCGCUGCAAGGUACUAUCCGUGGACGCUGCGCCAUCCUCCAUCUGAUGCGCGAAAUGGGCAAGGAGGCUUUCGUCGCCAUGCUCGACCGCUUCGAGUUCCGUGACAUGAUCAACCACCUGUACUUUUACAACUCGUUCCCAUGGGACUCGCCGGACAUUCCGCUGUGGUGGUCGUUCGAGCCCGAGGAAGUCCGCGAGUGGUACUCCCAGCGCAUCCGCUGGUUUGUCCUCCCAGACAAGCUCGAGGCCUACAAGGAGCUUGCCGGGCCCGAGUGCGACAAGUACCCCCUCGGCAAUGCCAACGACGGCGGCGGCGGCAUCGACACCAGAACGUAAACUGCAGCUCCGCAAGCAA